UUAUUUUCUUUUAAAAAGCCUACUAAAGUUUAUUUUUCUUCCUUCAAUUAAAACUUAAAACUAGGCUGAGCAAUCAGGAUCUCGGGAUUCGGCUUGGUUUGAGUUUAUGGAUUCAUGAUUUCAGCAGAUAUUAUAAAAGUCCAGAUCGGAUUUGGUUUGGAUUCGGUCCGGACUUAGUCGCAUGUCCAAGAUCUGGUUAAAUCUGAAAUAAAUUCGGUUUCUGAUAUUAAUUGGAUUAUCGAUUUCUAAAAAUAUUAUCAUGUACUUGAUUAAACUCAAUAUAUUUCUAAUCUAUUCAAUGAAUUUGUGUAUUAACUUUCUCAAACCAUAUUGUUGUUUUUUAAAAUAAUUUUCGGAGACUCAUCUAUCAAUUAUUCAAUACAAGAACUGGUCCUGGUACUAUAUGUGACAACAUAAGACAUAUCAUAACAAAUAAAAGCUUUGUAAAAGCGAAAAUCAUACAUAAUGAAACAUAAAAUAAAAACAACUAUCAACUCUAUAAACUUAAAAAACAUUGUUUAAAAUUUAGAAGCAAACUUAUUAUAAUUGAACUUCAAAUGCAAUUGUCAAAACAUAAAAACAUCAAUAUUGACCAAAUAUCAAAAACAUAUAUUAAACUAAGUAUUUAAAUUAAUAAUUCAUGUAAUAUAUGAUUAUUUCAGGUACUUAAUAAUAUCUUAGUGUACUUUGGAUACCUAUUAUGGAUCGACAUCGGAUUUAGAACAAGUUCUUUUGAGAUUUUUAAUAUUUCAGACUUUCCGAAUAUACAUUUGGGUUUGAGAUCGGGUUUGGAUUCAGUUCGGAUAAAACCUAUAACCCAAAAUACUGUAGAACAAAAUAUUUUUGCUAUUUAUUUCAGGUUCAAAUCGGUUCAAAUUCAUUUUUAUCGGAUCAUGUUCAAGAUCAAAUUUUCGGAUUUGGUACAUUAAUUAAAACUGUAGCUAAGAAUGAAAAAUUCUUUAGCUUUCAGAUGUGCAUUGUCAUCCAAACUAGUCAUGCAUUUACAAUUAAUUUAGAAUAAAUUUUUAGUUAUUGUCUUUUGAUGGUGAUCUUUGACUAAGCCAAAUAAAUAAACCAUCAUUUGAUGGUGAUCUUGGACUAAGCCAAAUAAAUAAAAUGUCAUUUGAUGGUGAUUUUGACUAACCAAAUAAGAUCACUCAAAUGACCUAAAUCAUUCUUUACAAUACUUUCUUUAACUGAUUCUUGCAUACAUAAUUUUCCUUUUUGGAGUUACUUCAGCUUUGCAGGGUGAUCUUCUUGCUCUUACUUGGUCAACAGAAGCUAUGAAAGACCUCAAGUUUAAAAAUGUCAUGAUUGAAUUUUCCUCGACUGAAGCUGCUGGUGCUCUUAUCAAUCCUCUUGAUCACCCAUGUACACACCAAGUCUGUCAUGAUAUUCUCAGAGCCGUCCACUCACUGGUGGGAAGUAGAUUGCUAAUGGUUCCUGUUUCAAGUAAUGUUGCGGCAUAUGAAAUUGCGUGUAGUGUGAUAAGGGAUCAUCGCCAUCAAUCGUAUGUGGCAAGGUCUGGUCCGCAGUGGCUUAGUUCAUUCCUACUGAUGGAAGCAACUCGGGCCAACUAAACUUCUCUGCACUUGCUGGCGCCUCCUGUGUUCUUUUAGCAUUUUGAAGUUGCCUUUACUUUGGUUUUCCCAACUGUUUGGGGUUAUUUUUCAGGGCCUAUUGGUUCCAAAUUGUUUCUUAGUCUCCAAGUCUUGUACUUGCGAUACACUAUUUGAAUCACCGUAAUGACAAAAAAAACCCACAAUGAUUCCUAUUCAAACUUUCCUUACUCAUUAACAAGAAACAUUUGAUACUUGAAAUAAUUCAACUUCUUUAUUCUUUUUCUUAAACAAAUUUAUUAAAAAUAAAUUUUUAUGAAGAUAUUAUGCAUAUUUAUCAAUAUAUUUCUAAAUAUUAUGAAGAUAUUAUACUUAUUCAAUAAUAUUUUCUAAUUAAGCAUAUAACUUAAAUUCAAGAAUUUAUAAAACAUAUUUAGUAAUGUUUCCUAUAUUCUUUAAAAGAAAAACAAUUUUAAUUUUUUAUAAAAAAAUAAUUUCCAAAAUAAUAUUAAAGAGAAAAAAUCAAAUGUUUAAAAAUAUUUAUUUAAAUAUUUAGCUAUUUUAUAUGUCUGUAGAAAAAGUGUAAUUGUGAUUUACUUCUUUAAUGAAAUUUAAUUUGGUCAUUUUGGCCAUUAUGAGCUCGUUGGGAAACGAAAAUUUGUUUUCGGCUAUUUUUCUUUUUACAUUUGUUAGUUAAUAAAUAGUUUCACAUUCUAACAUAUUUGUAUUUAAAUUAAGUAUAUAAUUUUUUAUAAAAUAUUAAUUUAAUUUGGUUUAAAACUCAGUUAAGAUACUUUCAAAAUGAAUCUGUUUUUAUGUGACAGUUAAAAUCAUUAGAUAUUUUACUGCCAAAUGCCAUUAUGUGAGUAGCUUAAGUUUAAAAAUAAUUUAAUAAAACUAGAUUACAGUACUAAACUACUAAUAUAAAAUCUGUGAGAUAAUAUGAGGUUCACUAAGAUUGAGAAAUAUAAGAUUAUAUAAGGUUUUUAAGAGUGCCAUAUACAUAAAAAUUGAGCUCUAAGAAUACAUGUACCAGAUGAAGAUGGCCGAUGACAAGAUAAUCGAAGGAGAUGUAGACUUGAUCAGCACUUUACCAGAUGUGAUCCUCCAAGACAUACUAUGCUUUAUUCCAACCAAACUAGCCAUCACUACUUCCCUCUUGUCUAGACGAUGGAGGCAUGUAUGGUGCGAUAUACCUUCUAUCUCCUUAGAUGUGGAUACACUGACAGCAGCAUCGGUAAACGAAACCCUAACUCGCUACAAAGCUACCAAGACAAAGAGUUUUCACCUCAUUAUAACCACCAUGAUGAGGAACAUUCCCCACAUUGAUAGUUGGAUCGAGGGCGCCAUGUCACGCGACGUUGAGAAUUUAUCCCUGGAUUUUCUUCAUCACUAUUAUAAAUAUAAGCUUCCUGAUUUCUUCUACUACACUUAUUCUUUCAAGCAACUUGACAUUACGUUAAGCUAUGAUCGACAUACGAUUUUUUCUCUCGAGUACACUGUAUCUUGGACAUCCUUGCAGAAAUUAUCCUUGACUAAUUGUAGUCUCUUUGAUGAAUUCUUAGCUAAGAUUCUAUCCGGUUGUCCGGUUCUCAAACACUUAAGAUUGUAUGAAUGCGGUGAACUAAAGAUUCUUGAUCUCAGCAAAUUUCUACGUCUGAGAAUAUUAGAAGUAAUACGUCACUUGCCGGUUCAGGGGCCAAGGAAGAUUUUGGCACCACACAUCCAUUGUCUAAAAUUGCAUGACUCUCAGUUAUCAUGCACUUUGGUUGAUGUCGCUUCUUUGACCGAAGCUAAUCUGGAAAUGUCCCCUCGCUCAUUGAACCGUGAAUUUAAUGGUGAUUUUCUCCAAGGCAUGGUGCUAAAGAUGCUAGAAAAGUUAAAGAACGCAGAGAAGCUUACGCUUGGGAGAAACUUUACUGAGAUUUUAUCUCUUGCGGAGAUUCAUGGUGUUCCUUUCCCGAUGUUCAAGGUCAAAGCAUUGACUCUUGAUACAGAGAUCUGUCAAUAUAUUAUUCCUGGCAUAGAAAGACUGUUACAAAACUCACCUGAGUUAGAGAAGUUAACCGUAGUAGAAGGAAGGGGUCGCUUCUACAUGCCGGUGGAGUUUCUUGACAAAUACUUGAAAUCACAAGGCUUUAACGUGAACAAAUGCUGGAGAUCAAAAGAUGGAGCCUCAUGGAACAAGUACUGUAAGGAUUUGAAAUCUGAGCAUGUGGCUUCAUUAGUGGAACUUGUGCUUAAGAACACCGAGAAACUAGACAAGAUGGUUGUAUUGUUGGAUGACCAUUUCCUUAAGUUUAAAAUUGAAGACGUGGUGGUUCCAACACUUCCUCACAACAACAAUAUCACCAUUGUGCUCUCUUCCACCAACAAACCGAUGACAUGAAGAGUUGUGAAUCAUAGAGGGUUGAAGUCUUGUCAGUUUACAUCGAUCCUAAUAUUGAAAACAGAAUAGAAGAAGAUUUUUGUUUGUUCACACAAAUCUUCAAGCCCUUAGUGGAGAUUUUAAGAGUAUCAAAAAUUUGCUUUAUCUUUUUUUUUAACCGUAUAGCUUAUGUGAAAUAGCUUUUAGUUAACCGUAGCUUAUAUGACAAAUUAGAGGGGUGGUUCAGAUUCAUGCCAACACUAACUACAUUGAUGAACCCCUUUUCUGUUGCAGUCUUUUUUUAUUUUACUACUAGGGGUAUUCCUACGCGCCGGGUUCGGAUAUUUGAUUUGAUUCAGUUUUCAAAAUCUUGUGUUGUGGUAUUUAGUUGUUAGGAGUGUAGGUAGAUGAGUGUUGUUGAAAGGUUCGUCAUGUUUAAAAAGUGUUGUAAUUGGUAUGGUCUUUAGGGGAAGUUAGUGUAAUGAAAGUGUUUAUAUUUUGGGGCCGAUAAAUGAGAGUAUGCUUCGUAUGUUAGAGUAAUAUCUGUUGUUAAGGACUAAUGUUGGUCGUACAUGUGUAAAAUAAUUGUGUGGUCUUAUUUUUUGAUAUUUUAUUGUGCAGCAAUAAUGUUCGUAAAUCUUAUUUGUGUCAAAUUUAUGUUAUCGUGUACGUAAUAUAUAUCUUCAGCUGUAUGAAGAGCUAAUGCGUUUUGUGUUAGAAAUAUCUUCAGUCUUCGAUAACAUAAGUGAUUUUUAUAUUUCAAUACCAAAACGAACUUAUAGUUUCUAAUCGAUCGUGAUAAGCAUUCAUACUUCAUUGCAUGGAAAGAAAAUAUAUUUUUGUCUGUGUUAGAGCUAUAUAUGUUUUUUUUUUGCAUUAUUUUUUAAAUUAUUUUAAAAGAAAAUCAAAAUGGAAACAAACUAAGCAAGGAUUACAAAUUGAAGUUCAACUCAAAGCUUUAACGUGUACCACCAUUCCAAAAUGAGAAAUUAAAAGGUAUGAAGAACGUGAACGUGUUUAUAUAAAAACUCAGAGUUUUUAUUUUCUUAGGAUGUUUUUGGACGUGGCUUGCUUUGAAAAUUUGUUUAUAUAAUACUGAGGAGGAUGUAUAGUGUUUGGUUUUCUCAGAUUUAGUGGAUUGCAACGUUUAUAAGUGUUUUCAUAGAGUUAGCGGAAGCGAUAAUUUGACAUUUAUUGUUUUUUCUUCUAUGAUAAUUUGACAUUUGACAAAUGGCCAUGGCAUCCUGAUACUUCUCAGACAUAUAUCGAGGGCUUCCGGUGAAAGAAGAAGGUAAAAUGACUUUUCUGCCAACUUUUCUAGAGUCUGUGUCUCCACUGUCCAAUGCAUCACAAACGUUUGUAUAUACCUCAACCUCAACCUCUCCUUCUCAGUUGCGGUGUAAACGUCUACAAUAUACUGAUGAAACAAUCUCCCUGACUUGAUAAUAGUCAUGCCCUCUGAUGGCCUUGUGUGGAUCUGGUGGGCAAAGUACUCUCUCAUGGUCAUGUACUCUCUCUUUAGUUUAGAGUGCUCUGUGUGUUAAUACGGAAUCCUCUCGUCGUACCCAUAUUCUCCGUACGGAAAAAGCAACGGAUACUGAAGACUCAUGUAUAGAGGAUGUAGAUCGCUUAUCCUUUGCAGCUUAGAUGUCUUGUACUCAAGAACAAUAUCUUUUCCUGCUGAUUCAGCUGUGAAAUCACCAACUAAAAUACCACCUAUUUCACUUGCAGUAGGCAGGUCAUACUAUCUUCCGUGAUGCUUCUGGUUCACUAAUCUCACGCUGAAUUCUACUGCCCCACCAGAUAGGACUCGAUCUCGAGCAUGUCUAAAAGUUUUAGCAAGGUGAUUAUUUUCAUCCAGCAUCUUGAUCAGGUCAACAACCAAGUUGUCGUCAAUUUCUAAAGCUGAGGUACCUUUUGAGAAUGCCUUUUUCCUGUUUGCCACUUCAUUGUCGGUGUCAACUAUAUAGAGCUGGAGAUACUGUGGAAAUUUACCGUCAGGGGGGAGCAGAGAUCCUAUCUUGUGGUGGGUUUGACCAUGGAGCCUAAAUGCAUACGGUCCACAAGAGUUAGUUACAGAGUUAUCAAUCUGUCCACCCAUCGAUGUGAAAGCUAACAUCCCAUUUGCAAUUCGGAUUAUCGACUUGAAGUUUGAUUUGUCUAGAAGUUCUUUCAGCGGAGAGGGUGGUUGACGCCUAGGAGGUAGCUUAACACGGCCCUGCUGACAACAGAUGCUGAACAUUCUGGGGGAUUUCUCUGUCUCUUGAACAACAGCCUCAGCAAUCCAAACAAUGGCCUGACAAACCGGGCAUUUCACUAAGUCCCACUUGUUAACAACUGGGCGUCGAUACCUAACUGCGGAUUUUUUUGUUUUAAGAACAUUAGUUUAAAUGGGAACAGAAAGUGGGUGGGUCAUGAACAUUAGAGGUUCAAUUCAUACCUGGACGGCUUCCACUUGUAGAUGCAACAUCUGUUAAAAAGAGGUUAAGCUGUGUUAAUCUUCUGUAAACUUGUAUAAUGUGUAUAGAUUAGUGAGAUAUCUUACUCUUAUCCCGAGUGGCUACUCUCUUAGAUUUCUGUUUCUUUAUUCGCAAGGCUCUACUUGCCCUUGCGGUAACUGAAACGCAAGUUCAUUAUAAGCUAGGAUUAUUACAAGAACGCGGUUAGCCAAUCGAUGAGCAAGUCAGUUUAUACCUUGUUCAGGGGAAUCAACAUCAAUGUUGUCAACCUGAUCAGGAAGGAUAGUUUCUUGUGUACGCUGUAUGUCUUGCUGCGGUGAGUUUGCAGUCCGUCUGAUUCGCAUUAGUAAUCGUCGAUUUUGUCGAGCAAGCCUCGCAUUAUUCACCGGGAAAAGUAAUAAACUUGGAAAAUGAGUUUCAAAUGUUCGUGUCCUAAUAAAAAAGCCUCGCAGCAGAUAGUUGUUUACCAGUAGAUCGGUGAACGUCUGAUCUGAAGCUGAGCAUGUUGGCAGGUGCGAUGGGAAGAUAUUGAGAUUGUAGCCAAGGCCGGCGCUGAUCAGAUACUGGUGGAAGGUAGAGUAAAGGACAGUCUGUAGUUAAAGCAUUGCAAGAUAUGGAAAAUGAUGGCAUAGCUACGACUAACCAUUUUUCUUUUUUCGGCUUCUCUUUGUUGCAGAGGAUGACGCUGCUGUGGAUAUUGUAGAUAAUCCAUGUCUUCUCCGUGAACUAACUUCAAUUGCUUUGCGUGCAAGUUCUUCUGGAGUCUUCACCAUUUCUCGAAGUCGAGAUGAUAGAGAGGCAGAAUGAGAGUCAUAAUUACAUUUGUAAAGUAAAAACGAAGGGGUCUGUGAGUAACGGCUGCGUUAUUUUAGUUUGAGCGUAUGAGUAAAGACUUCAUAUGGGAGGUGGAUAGGCACAAUGAAUAUGUUACAGUUAUAUUAAAGUUGCUGCAUUCAACUUUUGUAUGAGCGACAGUAUGAGACAAAGUGUUGAUCAUCGACGUCUGAGAAAUAUAUCUAAGCAUAUUGUGCCUGUGUCGAUUGCUAUCAUUACAAAUCAGUCUACUUCUUUUGUUUGCUAUUGAACGUUGUGUCAAUUUAUUCAUAGGCUGAGCAUUUCAAAUUUAUAUCCUAAAUGAUAGGUGUUCCAUAUGUUUUAAGUUUUUCCAUUUCCAGCGCCAAAGGAAGUUUUGAUAUACAAAAAAAAUUAUAUAUAUAUAUAUGUAUAUGCGUAUGUACGUGAUGCAAUGAAUAAAAUGAAUAAUGAGUUUAAAUAUUCGUUAUUAUUAGUGUGUCG